CUGCGCGCCGCUCUGCGCCUCGGCGGGGCUGCGUGCGUGUCCCUGUCCGCGCUGCUGGAACGGGCUCUUCGAGGGAUCGGCGUCACAUGACUCCGCCUGCCCCUCGCCAGCGCGCAGAUCGCCGGUCCAUCAAUUGGCCCCGCGCCUGGGGAGGGUCGGGUGGCGUCUCCCCGGCCUCAAGGCUCUGCAGAGUAGAGCGGGGAAGGGUAGCUCUGGAUUCCAGGAGUCUCGGUUCGGCGCUGGACCCUGGAGUGUAGAUAUUUGGGAGGGGGAAGGGAGAGAGAGAGAGAGAGGGAGGGAGCGAGCGAGCGAGCGAGCGCCAGAGAGAGGCAGCGCGCGGCGCGCACGGACGGGGGGCUGCUGGGUGCCGCGCGGAGAUGUAAGCGCUGGGGUCUCGCUGGCCUCCGAGCACCAUGCAGAAGGGGAUCCGGCUGAACGAUGGCCACGUCGCGUCCCUGGGGCUGCUGGCGCGCAAGGACGGCACUCGCAAAGGGUACCUGAGCAAGCGGAGUUCGGACAACACAAAAUGGCAAACCAAGUGGUUCGCGCUCCUGCAGAAUCUGCUCUUCUACUUCGAGAGCGACUCGAGCUCGCGGCCCUCGGGGCUCUACCUGCUGGAGGGCUGCGUCUGCGACCGCGCGCCCUCCCCCAAGCCGACGCUGUCGGCCAAGGAGCCGCUGGAGAAACAGCACUACUUCACGGUGAACUUCACCCAUGAGAACCAGAAGGCUUUGGAGCUCCGGACAGAGGAUGCAAAGGAUUGUGACGAGUGGGUGGCAGCCAUCGCUCAUGCCAGCUACAGGACCCUGGCCACGGAGCACGAAGCGCUGAUGCAGAAGUACCUGCACCUGCUGCAGAUCGUGGAGACGGAGAAGACGGUGGCCAAGCAGCUCCGGCAGCAGAUCGAGGACGGAGAGAUCGAGAUCGAGCGGCUGAAGGCAGAGAUCGCGUCCCUGCUCAAGGACAACGAACGCAUCCAGUCCACCCAGACCGUCACCCCCAACGACGAGGACAGUGACAUCAAGAAGAUUAAGAAGGUGCAAAGCUUCCUGCGGGGCUGGCUGUGCCGGCGGAAGUGGAAGACGAUCAUCCAGGACUACAUCCGGUCCCCGCACGCAGACAGCAUGCGCAAGAGGAACCAGGUGGUGUUCAGCAUGCUGGAGGCCGAGGCCGAGUACGUGCAGCAGCUGCACAUCCUGGUCAACAACUUCCUGCGUCCACUGCGCAUGGCCGCCAGCUCCAAGAAGCCGCCCAUCACCCACGACGACGUCAGCAGCAUCUUCCUGAACAGCGAAACCAUCAUGUUCCUGCACCAGAUCUUUUACCAAGGCCUGAAGGCUCGCAUCUCCAGCUGGCCCACGCUGGUGCUGGCUGACCUCUUCGACAUCCUGCUGCCCAUGCUGAACAUCUACCAGGAGUUCGUGCGCAAUCACCAGUACAGCCUGCAGAUCCUGGCGCACUGCAAGCAGAACCGCGACUUCGACAAGCUGCUCAAGCACUACGAGGCCAAGCCCGACUGCGAGGAGCGCACGCUCGAGACCUUCCUCACCUACCCCAUGUUCCAGAUCCCCAGGUACAUCCUGACCCUCCAUGAGCUCCUGGCCCACACGCCUCACGAGCACGUGGAGCGGAACAGCCUAGACUACGCCAAGUCCAAGCUGGAGGAGCUGUCCAGGAUAAUGCAUGACGAGGUGAGCGAGACGGAGAACAUCCGGAAGAACCUGGCCAUCGAGCGCAUGAUCAUCGAGGGCUGCGAGAUCCUCCUGGACACCAGCCAGACCUUCGUCCGGCAAGGGUCCCUCAUCCAGGUGCCCAUGUCGGAAAAGGGCAAGAUCACCAGGGGGCGCCUGGGCUCCCUGUCGCUCAGGAAGGAGGGCGAGCGGCAGUGCUUCCUGUUCUCCAAGCACCUCAUCAUCUGCACCAGGGGCUCCGGGGGCAAACUGCACCUGACCAAGAAUGGAGUCAUAUCCCUCAUCGACUGCACCUUGUUGGAAGACCCAGAAAGCACGGAGGAGGAAGCCAAAGGAUCCGGUCAAGAUAUUGACCACUUGGAUUUCAAGAUCGGGGUGGAACCAAAGGACUCCCCACCCUUCACGGUCAUCCUCGUGGCUUCAUCCAGACAGGAAAAGGCAGCGUGGACCAGUGACAUCAGCCAGUGCGUGGACAACAUCCGCUGCAACGGGCUCAUGAUGAAUGCCUUUGAGGAGAACUCCAAGGUCACGGUGCCGCAGAUGAUCAAGUCGGACGCCUCGCUGUACUGCGACGACGUGGACAUCCGCUUCAGCAAGACCAUGAACUCGUGCAAGGUGCUGCAGAUCCGCUACGCCAGCGUGGGGCGGCUGCUGGAGCGGCUCACGGACCUGCGCUUCCUCAGCAUUGACUUCCUGAACACCUUCCUGCACUCCUACCGCGUCUUCACCACGGCCGUGGUGGUGCUCGACAAGCUCAUCACCAUCUACAGGAAGCCCAUCAGCGCCAUCCCCGCCAGGUCUCUGGAGCUGCUAUUCGCCAGUGGCCAGAGCAGCAAACUGCUGUACGGCGACCCUCCCAAGUCCCCGCGCGCCGUGCGCAAGUUCUCCUCGCCGCCACCACUGUCCCUCAGCUCCUCGUCGCCCAGCCGCCGGCGGAAGCUGUCCCUCAACAUCCCCAUCAUCACGGGGGGCAAGGCCCUGGACCUGGCCGCCCUCAGCUGCAGCUCCAACGGCUACCCCAGCAUGUACUCCGCCAUGUCGCCCUUCAGCAAGGCCGCCCUGGACACCAGCAAGCUCUACGUGUCCAGCAGCUUCGCCAACAAGAUCCCGGACGAGGGCGAGGCCACCUCCACCGAGAAGCCCGAAGACCCCUUGGCGAUCAGCAAGCAGGGCUCCGAGGUGUCCAUGAGAGAAGAGUCGGACGGCGACCAGAACCAGAGUGACGAUGGUGAGGCCGAGACAUCACCCACGAAAUCUCCGACCACUCCCAAAUCCGUCAAAAGCAAAAACUCUUCAGAGUUCCCGCUGUUUGCCUACAACAAUGGGGUGGUGAUGACCUCCUGCCGCGAGCUGGACAGCUCCCGCAGCGCCCUCUCGGCCGCCUCUGCCUUUGCCAUAGCAACCGCAGGAGCCAACGAGGGCACCCCCAACAAGGAGAAGUACCGGAGGAUGUCCCUGGCCAGCGCAGGCUUUCCUCCUGACCAGAGGAACGGGGACAAGGAGUUUGUGAUCCGAAGAGCGGCCACCAACCGUGUCCUGAACGUGCUGCGACACUGGGUCUCCAAGCACUCUCAGGACUUCGAGUCCAACGAGGAGCUCAAGUGCAAGGUGAUUGGCUUCCUGGAGGAGGUGAUGCACGACCCAGAGCUCCUGACCCAGGAGCGGAAGGCUGCGGCCAACAUCAUCAGGACCCUGACCCAGGAGGACCCCGGGGACAGCCAGAUCACGCUAGAGGAGAUCACACAGCUGGCCGAAGGCGUCAAGGCCGAGCCCUUCGAAAGCCACUCGGCCCUGGAGAUCGCGGAGCAGCUCACGCUGCUGGACCACCUGGUCUUCAAGAAGAUCCCGUACGAGGAGUUCUUUGGACAAGGCUGGAUGAAACUGGAGAAGAAUGAGCGGACCCCCUAUAUCAUGAAAACCACGAAACACUUUAACGACAUCAGUAACCUGAUCGCCUCGGAGAUCAUCCGGAACGAGGACAUCAACGCGCGGGUGAGCGCCAUCGAGAAGUGGGUGGCCGUGGCCGACAUCUGCCGCUGCCUGCACAACUACAACGCCGUGCUGGAGAUCACCUCCUCCAUGAACCGCAGCGCCAUCUUCCGCCUCAAGAAGACGUGGCUCAAGGUCUCCAAGCAGACCAAGGCUUUGAUCGACAAACUCCAAAAGCUUGUGUCGUCCGAGGGCAGAUUCAAGAACCUCAGAGAAGCUCUGAAAAAUUGUGACCCACCGUGUGUCCCCUACCUGGGGAUGUACCUCACCGACCUGGCCUUCAUCGAGGAGGGGACGCCCAAUUACACGGAGGACGGCCUGGUCAACUUCUCCAAGAUGAGGAUGAUAUCCCACAUCAUCCGGGAGAUUCGCCAGUUUCAGCAAACUGCCUACAAGAUAGAGCACCAAGCAAAGGUCACACAGUACCUGCUGGACCAGUCCUCCGUCAUGGACGAAGAAAGUCUGUAUGAGUCCUCUCUCCGAUUAGAACCAAAACUCCCCACCUGAAGCCGCCGCGCCGCUUGCGCCCCGGACUCUGCCCUGUGACGUUGUACAUAAUGCUCUGGUCUCUCUGGGUCUUCUCCUUCAGUACGUGCUUCUCCAAGAACCCGAAUCCGUUCUUGUUCUUAGAUUCCUGCAGAACCGGGAUAGGAGUUCCUGUACCGUUGGACACGCUGCCCGCCCCGCCACGUAGUCUGUCCCUCGAAGACCCCCUCCCCUCUUUCUGGGGGCUGGUGGGGAGGAGACAGAACCCGCACAGACACGAGUCUUAGCCUCCGCCCUGCUUCCCCCCUGCCCCAGCUCCGGGGGCCCUGGGCUGAGUUGGCCACCCAGGGACACCCCCCCCAGCAUGUCCCACGUAGCUGUUCUAACUGGGUGGGGGGUGGGGUGGGGUGGGAGGCGGGAGGGGCGACUGUACCCUGAAGUCCAGUCACUGGCGAAUCUUCCCGCUUCCAAAGCAGCUUUUUCAGCCAAAACCGCAGGUCUCAAAAAAGAAAAAAAAAAAAAAGAAAAAGAAAAAAGAAACUCCCCGUCUUGUCUCCCAGCAACCUGGACUGAAGGGAGCCUUCUCCGCACAGGACCGGGCCCCUCCCACCACCGCCGCCCUGUCGCCCCAGCACCCUGUGGCUCCCGGCUCUGGGACGCACGGGGAGCUGGCCUGUGCGGGGAGCGCAGAGUGGCGGCUGUGAGUGGCGGGGUGGGGGCGGGGGGCCCUGCCAGCCUGCACUGGAAGGCGGGAACACAAGAAAUGUCACUUUUUCCUCCUUCAGCUGCCUACCUGUCGCCGUAAGCUUCCGUUGAGCUGCUCAGAGUCUGUGUGCCCUGUGGUACUUAGCACCCCUCCGUAGGACUAGUGUUUUUAUUGCAUAUACUGUAGUCCUGUCUAAACGCCUUCUAGCAGGAAUAUAGUAAGGUAGUGCUUAUUCUGUGAAUAUCACCAUGUAUUUUUUAUGUUGUACAGCAUAGGAAACAUCGGUGAACUCCGAAGUGGCAGGCAUGGUCCACUACAACAGACAUUUUGCUGUAAGCAAUACCUAGUGGUAUGAGAGUUCUCUUUCAAGUUCUAAACUAUUUCAACUUACAGCUUGUUUGGAAGAAAAAAAAAAGAAAUUUCCAUUUUUGUAAAAAUAUAUGUUUCCUGAUUACCUCUUGCUAAUAAAUCUAUUCUAACUCAGGGUGAA